GCGUUGCGUCCUGAUGGCAUCGUGGAAACUGUGCUACUCAGUAAGGCACUGAGUGACAGCUUUCUUGACAGUCAUAAUUUGCUUUAUUCAGAGCGUCAUCCCGGCUCCAGUUUCUGUUGCUGCCCAAAGCCUAGCGCUUUUCCUUGCGACAAGGCUCCUUUGCACCCCAGUAUUUGGUAGCUGCCUUCUGGGCUCUGAGGACAAUACGUGACCUGCGUAAAAAUGCUGCGAUAUUGGGGUGAGAUUCCGGUUUCAUCUAACCAGGCCAACCGCAGCUCCUUUGACCUGCUUCAGCGUGAGUUUCGUACUGUGGAAGUCCAAGAUCCUCCAUUGCAUCAGCCAUCUGCAAACAAACCCCGGCCGACCACCAUGUUGGACAUCCCCUCAGAGCCCUGCAGCCUCACAAUUCACACCAUUCAGCUCAUCCAGCACAACAGGCGGCUGCGCAGCCUGAUCGCCAUGGCUCAGGCUCAAAACCAGCAGCAAGUGGAGGGCAUAAAAACUGAAGACAACGAACCUCUGCCAUCUUGUCCGGCCUCUCCACCUCUCCCUGAUGACCUGCUUCCUCUGGAUAGCAAGACCCCCAAAAUGCCAUUUCAGCUGAGGCACAGUGACCCAGAGAGUGAUUUCUACAGAGGAAAAGGGGAGCCAGUGACUGAGCUGAGUUGGUCCUCCUGCCGGCAGCUUCUCUACCAGUCGAUGGCCACCAUCCUGGCUCACACAGGCUUUGAGUGUGCCAAUGAGAGUGUCCUGGAGACCCUGACAGACAUUGCCCACGAGUACUGCUUGAAGUUCACGAAACUGCUGCGCUUUGCUGUGGAUCGGGAAGCUCGACUUGGGCACACCCCUUUCCCUGAUGUCAUGGAGCAGGUCUUCCAUGAAGUGGGCAUUGGCAGUGUGCUCUCGCUGCAGAAGUUCUGGCAACACCGCAUUAAGGAUUAUCACAGCUACAUGCUUCAGGUUAGCAAGCAGCUCUCUGAAGAGUAUGAGAAGAUUGUCAACCCUGAAAAGGCAGCAGAAGACACAAAGCCUGUGAAGAUUAAGGAGGAACCUGUUAGUGAUAUUACUUUCCCCAUAAGUGAGGAGCUGGAAGGAGAUCUGGCUUCUGGUGACCAGUCUUUGCCUGUUGGAGUCCUUGGAGCUCAAAGUGAGCGCUUCUCUGCCAACUUGGAAGUAGAAGCUUCCCCGCAGACUUCAGGGGCUGAGGUGAAUGCUUCCCCGCUCUGGAACUUGGCACAGGUAAAAAUGGAGCCACAGGAAAAUGAGGAGGCCAAUGUACAUGGCCAUGGGGUCCUAGGCAGCGAUGUCUUUGAGGAACCGAUGUCAGGCAUGAGCGAAGCUGGGAUGCCACAGAGCCCCAAUGGCUCUGAGAGCAGCUAUGGUUCUCAUUCUGCUGACAGUCUGAUGGGAUCCUCACCUGUCUUCAACCAGCGUUGCAAGAAAAAGAUGAAGAAGAUGUGAAAAGAGACAGUCUUUUUAUUUAAUCUUGAUGGUAUGUAGUAGACUUGAAAUGAACUAAGAGAGCACUGUGAUGGCUACGAUUCAUAAACAGGGCUGGCCCUGAUGUGUGAGGGACCUUGCAUAAAAUUAUGAGACAUUUGAUGUCUACUGCACUGCAGCUCCCCUCUUUGCUGGCUUCUGUACCCCAUCCUGGCUCAUGAGAUUGAAGAUCACCCUAUACAUUUGAUGGUGUCAUGGCUUGCUUUGGCACAUUAAUGAGGAAGUUACCAGUGGAAAGUAGUUGUGAGGAGAUUUGCUAAGUCAUAGAAGCAUUGAAUAAUUUGGGUUGAAGGGACUUCUUGAGGUUUCUAGUCUCUAGUCCAGCCCCCUGCUUGAAGCACAGCCAGUUAGAUCAGGUUGCUCAGGGCCUUGUCCAGUCGAGUUUUGAGUAUCUCCAAGGAUGGUGAUGCCACACCUCUUUGGGUGUUUUCCCAUAUUUGACUACCCUCAUAGUAAGAAAAAAUAUAUUCUUGUGUCCAGUUGGAAUUUCCCAUGUUCCAACUUGUGUUCAUUGCCUCUGUUCUGUCAUUGUUCAUCGCUGAGAAGAGUCUGACUGUGUCUUCUCUAACCCGCUCAUUAAGUGGUUUUAUGCAAUGAGAUCUCUCUUUAGGCUUUUCUCUUCUUAAGUCUGAAGAAACCAAGCUCCCUGAGCCUCUCCUUGUAUGUCCUGUGCUCCAGCCCCCUAACCAGCUUUGUGGCCUUCCACUAAAAUUGCUGCAGUGCCCUUCUUCUAAGGGGGGCACAAAAGUGGAUGCAAUCCUCCAGAUACGGUCUCACAAGCGCUGAAUAGAGAGAAAUAAUGAUUUCCCUCAACGUGCUGGCUACCUUCUUGCUAACUGUUGCAGGCAACAAGUCAGUCUUAAGUCAGGAUAUUUCACUGGUUAGGGAGCUGUCGCUGCUGCUGCUGCUGCUGACCUCGAAAGAUGCUGUAGAGUGGCCUCGCAGUGCCAUCAGCCAGCUCCUUCAGUGCCUUCAGAUGCAUCCUGUCUGGUUCCAUGGACUUAGGUAUGUCCAAUUGGCUUAAGUUCUUGCUAGCUCGAUCUUCCUCUGCUGUAGGUAACACUCUGCUAGUAGACCCAGGAACCUGGCAGGCCUGAAGGCAGACCUUACCAGUGAAAACAAGCAAAAAAGGUGUUGAGUACUUCAGCUUCAAAGUACAAGGUGCAUCCUUUUUCACCAGGUUGCCUGCAUUGUUGAACAGUAAACCCACAUUUUCUUUAACCUUUCUUUUGCUUCCAGUGUACUUAAAAAAGCCCUUCACAUUUCUUACCAGUUUCAACUCCAGCUGAGCUUUGGCUUUCCUAACUGUCCCUGCAUGCUUGGGCUGAGUCUCUAUAACCCUGCUGGCCAGCUCAUCCUGAGUUCCACAUCUGUGUACUUUUUUCUUUGUGUUUGAGCUCCGUCAGGAGUUCCUUGAUCAUCUGUGCUGGCCUUCUGUGAUGCCUGCUUUACUUCUGCUCAUCAGAAAGGACUGUUCUUCUACUUUGAGAAAGCUGUCUUUGAAGAUAAGGCAGCACUCUUGGGCCCCUUUGGGAGAACAGGGGAGUUCCUCGUGAGAUCCUGCCAAGGUGUUCCUUGAAUAAACCAAAAUAUGUUGUCCUAAAGGUCCAGGACUCUGUUUGUCUUGUACAUGUUUGUCAGGAUUUUAAAUGCCGCAAUUCCAUGUCUGCUGCAGCCAAGACCUUCACAUUCUCCACCAAUUCUUCCUUGUUAGUCACAAGUCCAGCAGAGCUUCUUCUGUACUUGAUUUCUUGAUCAUCUAGUCAGGGAAGUUGAUGUGGCUUUCUGGAGAGAAUUAAAGCAGCUUUUACUAUUGGUGUGCCCCGGUACUGGCAAUGCAAACUUUUCCUUUGCGCUCAUUGGAUUGAGUGCAGUGACUGCAG